CUUGCUCACAGAGACCAAGGGAGAGGAUGCUGCUGCCACGCACCGCCAAGAUGCUGACCACCAAGCAGCCCCGAGCGGGCAAGGUGGGCCCUGCUACAGAGAAUGUCGACCCUGAGAAGGAGGAGAGCUGUCAUGCCAAGAGAUCUUCGUCGUCCCCCCAGGGUGGGCCCAAGAAGAGAUCAGCGUUUGGAGACAUCACCAAUGCUCGCAAGAACCAGGUGGUGGCAGGGAAGAAGGAGGCUGCGAAAGCUGCUCCUCCCAAGGCACAGAAGGCACAUAAUGCCUUGGGGGUGGCCAAGAACAAUGAGAUCAACCUAAAAAAGCCAACCAAGAAAACUCCCCCAACAGAGCCCAAAGUGAAUCCUGGGCCAGAGAAGCCGGUGUCUGUGCAGGAACCAAAGCCCCCUGAGGAGAGGCAGGUGCCAGCAGUGGAGGACAUCGACAAAGAGCAGCUGGGUGACCCCUACGCCAACGCAGAGUAUGCCAAGGAGAUCUUUGAAUACAUGCGGGAAAGAGAGGAAAAAUUCUUGCUUCCUGACUACAUGGAGAAGCAGACAGACAUCAGUGGGGACAUGCGUGCCAUCCUUGUGGACUGGAUGGUGGAGGUGCAGGAGAACUUUGAGCUGAACCAUGAGACGUUGUACCUGGCCGUGAAGCUGGUGGACCACUACCUGGUGGAGGUGGUGAGCGCGAGGGAGAAGCUGCAGCUCAUCGGCUCCACUGCCAUCCUCAUUGCCUCCAAAUUUGAGGAGCGGUGCCCACCAUGUGUGGAUGACUUCCUCUAUAUCUGUGAUGAUGCCUACAAGCGGGAGGAGCUGAUUGCCAUGGAGAUGAGCAUCCUCAGCACCCUCAAGUUCGACAUCAACAUCCCCAUCCCCUACCGCUUCCUGCGGCGCUUUGCCAAGUGUGCCCGUGCCAGCAUGGAGACGCUGACGCUGGCCCGGUUCCUCUGCGAGAUGACCCUGCAGGAGUACGACUACGCCCGCGAGAGCCCCUCCAAGCUGGCUGCCAGCUGCCUGCUGCUGGCACUCACCAUGAAGAACCUUGGGGGCUGGACCCCCACACUGCAGUACUACAGUGGGUACAAUGCCCAGGAGCUGCACCCCCUGGUGAAGAGGCUGAAUUUCCUGCUCACGUACCAGCCCUGCGACAAGCUGAACGCUGUGCGCAGCAAGUACUCGCACAGGGUCUUCUUUGAGGUUGCCAAAGUCACCCCCAUGGACAUGCUCAAGCUCGAGGAGACACUCACUAGCUCCUAGCCCUACUCUGUGAAUAAGCCUGUAAAUAAUGGGGUACCCUCAAGCAGGGUGGUACCGUGUACAUAAGUAAUUUUAACUGAGGAAAAGGUGGGGAGGGGAUGAAAAAAAAGUCAUGUGUAACUGUUAAUAAAAUAUCUUUGUUGUACAUUCUGGCACUGGAGACUGAGCCCAGUGCUGUACGUCCCCUUGUUGUGAUGAGACAGGGCGAGAGCAAGCUGAUGGAUGCAGA